CAUUUUCAUCUUAGUUCCUCCAUUCUUAAAAACCUCCCCGAAUCCCUCUCCUCACUACACAUUUCUUCACAAAAUAAGCCUCCAUUUUCCUCUCCGUCGCCACCGUCUCAACCACCGUCAUGCGGCGUCCACUCCCCCUCUCCGCCGCCGCUCUCGCGCUUCCUCUGUUCUUCCUCCUCCUCUUCUCCUCUACUGCUGAUGCUCACAACAUCACCAAAAUCCUAGCCAAACACCCCGAGUUCAGCACCUUCAAUCAUUACCUCUCAAUCACGCAUCUCGCUGGUGAGAUCAACCGCCGUCUCACCAUCACCGUCCUCGCACUCGACAACUCCGCCAUGUCCGAUAUCAUCUCCAAGCACUUCACCGUCGGCACAAUCAAGAAUGUGCUCUCGCUUCACGUUCUUGUCGAUUACUACGGCGCCAAAAAACUCCACCAGCUCUCUAAAGGAACCACGCUCUCUUCUACUCUCUUCCAGGCUUCCGGCUCCGCCACUGGAACCUCUGGAUAUGUCAAUAUCACAAAUCUGAAAGGCGGAAAAGUCGGAUUCGGCUCUGAGGAUAACGGCGGCGAUCUGAAUUCGUUUUAUGUCAAAUCGGUCAUGGAAUUGCCCUACAAUAUCUCCAUUUUGCAGAUCAGCAAGGUUAUAACAUCCGCCGAUGCAGAGGCGCCAACGGCGGCGCCACUCAGUUUAAAUCUGACGGAAAUCCUGCCUAAGCAAGGCUGCAAAGCCUUCAACGAUCUGUUAAUCGCCACUGGCGCCGCGGAGACCUAUCAAUCGAACAUCGACGGUGGAUUGACGGUGUUUUGUCCCACAGAUGCCGCACUCAAUGCCUUUCUUCCAAAGUACAAGAAUCUGACGGCUGCGCAUAAAGUGUCGCUGCUGUUGUACCACGGCAUGCCGAUUUACUUGUCGUUACAGAUGCUCAAAUCGAACAACGGUGUUGUCAACACGCUGGCUACCGACGGUGGCGCUAAGUACGAUUUCGACAUUAAGACCGAUGGCGAGGAUGUUACGGUGAAGACGAAGGUUGUGACGGCAACGGUAACGGCGACGCUGAUUGAUUCGGAGCCGCUGAUAGUGUAUGAACUCGACAAAGUGUUGCAGCCCCGGGAGCUUUUCAAGGCAGUGCCGGAGGAGGAAGACGAGGCUCCAGCGCCGAAAGCGGCGAAGAAGAAGAAGACCAAGGCACCAUCGCCUACGGCAUCAGACGGAGAGGAGGAGGAAGAUGCCGACUCGCCGAUCGGCUCCGACGAAUCCGACGGCGAGCCAGAGGAUCAGAAAUCAGACAAAGACGGGGCGUUUGGAUCGAACGGUCAGAGAUCGAUCGUGGCCAUGAUAUUGAGUUUGUGGUUGUCUGUUUUGCUCGUAUGAUUCUUAUGAUGGAAGCGGAACGUGGCACGAUAUUAGAGGUUCGUCAUUCAUAGACAAAAUAAAUCCCACUUGUAUUUGGCCAUUUUUUAUUUAUCUUUUUUUGUCGGUGAUGUUUUUAUUUUUAUUUUUUUCUCUUUUUUUUUGGAUGGUGUACAGUUACUUUAAAUAUCCAAUUGGGUUGCAUUGUAUUUGAUUUGGCUUUAUUUUCCCCUCAUUUUCAAAGAACAAUAAUUUAUUUAAAUUGGAAUAA